AUGUCUGACACUUCUGACCGCUUCGACCUCUUCAAUGGGGGUACGGGUCCUAAACAGCCGUUCUGCAAAGACCCUUCGCCCCACAGCAACUCUGCCGGGGUCGAUGACCGGGAGACCGCAAGUGUUUCGACAUCCGAGGACUACUCAGACCUCUUUGACUAUGGUGCAUAUUAUGCAUCCGGCAGGGCAACAGAUGUAACCACACAGUCCGAUGUUCCCCCCUCGACAGGGAAGCCUGCCGUUGUCCUCUCGGCAACAACCCCCGCUGGCGCCCCCGCGGCGGGUCCAGGCCAGGACGAGGACUGUCCUAUGUCAGACCCUCCGGAGGGUCCCAAUCAAGACGAGGAUUGUCCGAUGCAGGACGCUCCGGCACAAGAACCCCAACCUCCUCACGUCUGGCCGAAGGUUUUGGGACCCCAUCCUCCGCGAGACACAAGUAUCUUGGUGGAAGCGUCACCCUCGCCACCAUCCUCCGCAGAUAUGCACCAGAAGAAGACGAGAGUUGUCAAAGAUCGGGAAGAGACAGGCAGAGUUCGGGGACUCGGAGCUUGUUACCACUGUAGGAUGAAUAGGAAAGGGUGCAACUCGGAUGUGAUCUGUGCGGCGUGCAAAGACCGGCCGUUAUCAAAGUUGACGUGUAUCCGAACGCCGUUGUCCGAGAUGAUCCCGGCAAGAUUCGUACGAUGGAACUGGAACAACCCAAGCCGUGAGCAGCCAGACAAGUCUUCUGCAUGCCGCCUGUUCAUUUCCUGCUCCGACCGUGUCAGAAGCCCCUGCCUACGCCUCGAGGCUUACACCUUCGGGCCGCCGGGCCAGGGUCGACUGGAUAUCGUGCUCAGUGAGCGUCCCUCGAAAACACAAAGUUGGGAAGACAUAAUAUACCAGUGGAUGGAACAACAAAUUCUGCUUGAAAGCAGGACGGAUUUUGAGGCCGAAAUGGACAGGCUGCUUGUCGAAUUCGUUCGCCAAGCGAGAACCAAAAUCCGCUCAGCUGGGCAGCAGAUGAUCGGGGGUUUGUUGUGGAACCUUUUCCAGAUGAGGUGUAUGUGGAAAGUCUGGGGUUGCAAGCAACUCUUUUAUCGGCAACAGCUUGAUGCCCAAGGAGUUCCGUUUGACCUCCAGUUUGAGGGAAUCCAGGACUCGCUUCGGCGGUUCGCCGGCCAAAAGAUCUCGGAACUUGAGCGGAAGAUCCUCCCCGAGAUCGACAAGUAUAUUGGCGGGAAAGAUACAUCCCGUAAGGAUGGUGGAGCAACUGAGAUGGAUAUUAUGAAGUGGUUUUCGUCGUGGCAGCUGAUGCUGACCUACCGCCAAUCGUGGAGCUGGGUGUUGGAGCAGCAACAAACGAAUGCUGCCCCAAUACCCAUUGAAGUGGCGCCUAUGGAUGUGACGAGGCAUGAGUUCCGAGAGACGACUAGACGAUUAUUCGAAGGAAUCAUCGUCAUCUACUCGGGGGUAUUCCUCAAGACAACGACGAUCACGAAGAUCAGAAAAGCCGAGGUCUUUGGGGAUAACGGGAGCCUCUCCGCCGCAUACAAGAGAGUCUGGCAGACGCUCCCUGACUUUUGUGUCGCCCACGGAUGA